GUUGUUACUGCAUGAGGUCUCCGAUAUCAAUUCGGAGUUCAGUCAAUGCAGUCGUCACUCCUAUCAUAUUUAAAUCUAACCUAAUAUAUAAUAUGUAAUUCUUAUUCGGUAUAAGUAUGAAGGCGAUUAUUCUACUCACCGUUUUAUUUCUUAUUGAAUUAUGUUCCGGUACUCUCUUACCACCGACAGGAAAGAAUAAGAAAGAGCGAGGAAAGCAUAACAAUAUUUCUAAUGGUCCAGUGGAUCAAGAUGUUUUUGAAAGGAAUUUGGUAUUGAAAAAUCCUAAACAACAGGACAUUCUUUUUGAAUCUGGUCGAUAUUUUCAAAAUACUCAGGACAGAAGAUUUAAAGGAGAUAUCCUGGGAUAUUGCACACCUUGGAAUGGAAACGGUUUUGAGAUUUCCAAAAGAUUUCAUGGCAAGUUUACAAUGAUAUCUCCAGUAUGGUUAACCUUUCCUUUUGGUAACACAUCAACCUAUCAAUUGUCCACUCAUUCUGUUCAGACUAAGUGGAUAAAGGAAAUGAGAGCCAAUAACAAUGUCAAUCAUACUGUAAAGCUUAUACCUAGGGUAUUAUUUGAACACUGGUCAAUUGAUGAUAUCAUUAAGAUAUAUAGUAAUAGAGAGCGUCAAACUCAAUUAAUAGUAUCUCUCUUAGAUACUGCCAAGACUUUCCACUUUGACGGAUAUGUCUUAGAAAUAUGGAAUCAGUUUGUAUUUGCAGGUUCAAACCUACAAGUUGUUACUUCUAUGGUCAAAUCUAUUGCACAAAAAUUGAAGAAGCAUAAUUUAGAUAUUAUAUUAGCAAUACCACCAUCUAGAGGUGUACAAAUUGAAUUGUUUUCAAAGCAACAGUUUGAUGAACUAGCACCGUAUGUAAAAGCCUUUUCACUUAUGACUUAUGAUUAUUCGAGUAUUCAAAGACCGGGUCCAAAUAGUCCUCUUGACUGGGUCAGACAAUGUGUAGAAUUAUUAACACCAGAAAAAGAUGAUUCUAGACGAUCUCAAAUUUUAUUAGGUAUUAAUUUCUAUGGUUACAAUUAUACACCAGAGGGUGGCAGGACAAUUAUUGCCUCUGAAUAUUUGGAUAUACUGAAAUCAUUCAAAGGAAAGAUUCAAUGGGACGACAGCAGCAAAGAACAUUUCUUUGAAACAAAAUUAGCUACAGGUAAUGGUUAUGUCUUCUAUCCUACAUUAUAUUCAAUUCAAGCUCGAUUAGAACUUGCUAACGAAUUGGGUACAGGAAUCUCGAUUUGGGAAUUAGGUCAAGGAUUAAAUUAUUUUUAUGACUUAGUAUAAAUUGUUGUAUGUAUACCUUUCCAUUUUAUAUAACCAAAAUUUUGUGAUAUCUAUGUAUACAAAGAUGUAUACAUGUAUACGUAAGAGAACAUUUCGAAAUAUAUGUUUCAAUAAGCAUAUAAAA